AAAUCCCUGCAUGCACGUGCUUCCUUCCAGACGACAGGCGUCGCUUGACUUGAUCUGUUUAUCCAUCAUUUUCGUUCCCUGUUAUUAUUCUUUCGGAUAUCGCAUUUCUGUGCAGAGAAAGUCAUGGCUUUAAGAUCGUUUGCUCGCACCCUUUUUUCCGGAUUCGGGAAAUGCUGGAUUGUUUCCGAAAGAUCAGAGAUGAUAGAUAUUGCAGAGCAGUAGUAAUCUCAGGUUCAGGGCAUCUUUUCUCUGCAGGGUUGGAUUAUUCUGAUAUGCAAGACAUUACAUCUCAAGUUGCUGGAAAAGGUGAUGUAGCAAGAAAAGCCAAGUUUCUUUUGUCUCUAAUAGCAAAAUAUCAAGAAUCUUUCAAUGCUGUUGAAAAUUGUCAAAAGCCUGUUAUUGCUGCCAUUCAUGGGAAAUGUAGUGGUGGAGGUGUGGAUCUAGUCUGUGCUUGUGAUAUUCGAUAUUGCUCUGAGGAAGCAUUUUUUGAGAUUGAGGUAUACUUUUCUUUUUUUUUUAUGUAUGCUAUAGGACUAGUUGGAAAAAUAUUUCCUACAAAAGAAGCUCUAAUGGGUGCAGCUUUUGGCUUGGCUAAAGUUAUUGCAUCAAAAAGUCCCGUUGCAAUUCAAGGAACUAAAGUGGCUUUGAACUUCUCUAGGGAUCACAGUGUUCAAGAUGGGUUGCAAUUCAUGACAUAUUGGAAUAUGACCAUGUUACAAAGUGAAGAUGUGUUAAAGGCUGCUGAAGCUACUAUAAACAAAUCUGAUAAGCCUCCUAAGUAUUCAAAGUUGUAAUUGAACAGUAGUAAUGGAUAUUUUAUUAAGUUUUAUAUAUGUGGGAAGUGUUUUUUUUUCUUGUUUAAUUAUUAUAAAGUUGCUCCUUAAAAGUUAAGAGCCAUUUUUCUACAUAAAAACUUGUAUAUUGUUCCAGUUUUUCUGUCAGUUGUUUUUGCUAUUAAAUGAAGAAUACUUUCAACUUACCUAAACUUAUUGCUUUGAGCAAUUUUUUUAUUACUUACAAUAAAAGAAAAAUAUAUUGUGUUUUCAUAGCUUAACGAUGUUUUUGUAUUUGGAAGAUUUGUAUUUUAAAUAUUUCAAAUAAAAUUAUUUUAUGUUAA